GUUUGAGACAGCCGCACUGUAAGAACACAAGAGCGCGUCAGUAACAGGUCCACUUGUAAAGAUGCAGGACGGAUGGACUCAGUUGGGUCCGCUGAAGUGGAACCGCUAUGUAAACAGACACGUGACCGUGAGAACCGUCAAGGACGAUGGGCUCCGGGGGUGGCUGGUCACCGUGGACCCGGUAACCUCCAGUCUGGUCUUGGUGAACUUUGAGGAGGGCUGCGGGCCGCACGUGCAGGUGGUGAUGGGCCACGCGGUGCAGCAGGUGGAGGUUCUGCAGGAGGCAGACCCAGAGAUGUCAGCACGCCUGCAGUCCUUGUUCCGGCCUCCCGAAGUGACUGGUCUCGACCCCGAAGAGCGGCGGCGCCGGUGCGAGCAGGUCCGGAGCUGGUUGGAGGCAAACAGGAUCCCUGUGGAGGAGGAGGGAGAGGAGCUGAGGGUGGCUGGAGUUCUGACCCUUGUCGCUCCGUACCGACCCGAAGACUGCAGAAGUACAAACCAGAUCAUCUUGGACCGGGUCCAGAGGCUGCUGCAGAACACGAGCCACAGCUGACCAGCAUCCAGUCUGACCCCUGUCACCCCUUGAGCUCACCUCUUGAGCUGCGAGACUUUGACCAACAGAGGGCGCCCACACUCUUAACUCCAACAACACGGCUUUAGAGUGCUACAGUUCUGUUUGAUCCGGAUUUGUUGAGACCCUGAACUCUGUUACCUGUGUUCAAACUAGACUAUCAGAACCAACAACAGUGUGCCGGUUCCACAUGAACAAACACGUAGUUCAGUCACAUGUUUAUUGCACAUUAAUACAUUUUUAAAGGCAAGUGAAAAUUCUGGUGCCGGACAUUCCGUGGUCCACAUCACCUCUGAAUGUGUGUGUGUGUGUGUGUGUGUGUGUGUGUGUGUGUGUGUGUGUGUGUAUAUGUGUGUAAAAGUCAAUAAAGUCUUUCUGCAGUUGAAA